AUGUCUGUUCCAAACGUGACAAAGCGCGUCAAAGUUGAAAUCGAAACUGUCGAUAAAAUUCCAGACCUCAAAGUCAUAAAGCCGAAGGUUUUCCCCGACGAUCGCGGAUACUUCGUCGAGACUUACAACGAAACAGAAUGGGCUACCGAACUCGGAUUCAAGGAGGUGUUCCAGCAGGAUAACCAUUCUUACUCAAAGUAUGGAGUUCUGCGAGGUCUUCACGCACAACCAGGAAUGGGGAAGCUGGUCUCAGUUAUUACUGGAGAGAUCUUCGAUGUAGCCGUAGAUGUCCGGCCUGGAAGUGCUACCUACGGACAGUGGCAUGGCGUGAUUCUAAAUGGUGCUAACAAACACGCCUUCUGGCUUCCUGACGGCUUUGCUCAUGGAUUCCAAUGUCUGUCUCCCGAAGGAGCUCAUGUCACUUACAAGUGCACCGGAGUUUACAAUCCGUCAACAGAAUACGGAAUCGACCCAUUCGACAAGGAUAUCAAUGUGAACUGGCCACUGACUGACAACGUUAUCGUAAGCGACAGGGAUCGGAGCCACAAAUCUUUUGCUGAACAUCGAUCAAGCUGA